GAGCCGCCCGAUGACGGACAAGGAGCCGCCGGGGAAGGAGGAGACCCAGUUGCUGCGCAGGCGGGAGGUGGACCGCACAUCAAAGCGCCACCCGAUGAAGGAUCACCGCCGGAGAGUUGCAGCGCUCAGAAUCCGCACACGCCUGCCCGCGGAGAAGCAGGCCGCGGAGCUGCGCGCAGAGUUACAGGGCGACGCCCGGGCACACGCAGAGGACCUCGACCCGCUGGAGCUACAGAGCGCAGCAAUGGAGCGCGGCGGAGAGCUCGAGACGUUCUUCGCCAAGAUGCGCCGCGAGAGCGGCGAGGAGGUUAGCAAUUACGUCAAUCGCUUGGACUCGCAGGCAUCGAGGCUGAAGACGCUACAGAUGGAGUUCCCAGAUCAGGCGCUAGCCCGGUCGUUCAUGCGGCGGCUGGGUCUGCCGCCAGAUCGAGAGGCUGGAGUGCUCAACGCUAAUCAGAAUAAGUAUGAGCCCACGCCGCUGCAGAAGCAGACGCCACUCAACGCGAAGGACGCUCGAGCACUGGAUAAGUUCAACCCCCGGAGACCCGCACCAGCACAGCCCGCCAGAUGA